AUGAACGAGGCAGAGAGCCGUGCAAGCAAGCGCCGUAUUGAGAAGGGAGAUGGCGAACCCACAAACGGCUGCCAAAAGCCGUUUAUCGUUUCGCUGGAGUCGUUGCAUGCACUUCCCAAAGCGCGAUCCGCUACGGUUCUGCAUGCAGCACCGGUGGACCCGACCUCUCGAUUGUACCCGUUUUGUGAGCUGUUGCGGGACAAGUUUCUCGAGGCUGGGUUCCUGCAAGGGGAGAUCAAGAACGAUCAGCCGCGAGACAAGGGUCCAGAAACGAUAACCGCUGGUGCUGAAGCGGGGGAGGGCAAUGCAAAAGCACCCGCCGAGGAACCCUCUCUUCUGGAAGAAAUGCCAGUUGAUGCGGCGGAAGCAACUGCUCGGGCGUCUCCAGCCGGAAUUACAACCAAGGCUUUCAUCAGCCCUAGGACAAACUCCAAACCUAAAGUCCGACGACUGCUACUGCAUGCAACGGUGGUCAACACGAUUUACGUCAAAGGCCGGACGCCGAAGCGAGGCAAUGCGAAGGGCAACAAUCGUCGGAACCAACAUGCAUUUGACGCCCGGGAUAUUCUGGCCCAUUACAGGAACUACUAUGUUGAUCACGACCGCACGACCCCGCGAGAUGCAUCCGUUAAGCCUGACAUGCAGGCGGAGAGAGAUCCUGGCGUCGAGAACUCUUCUGACGAGAACGACCUGAUCGACGAGAAUCAGAGUGGGAAAUUUAGCACUCAGAACCCGUUCGUGUGGGCCAAGGACAUUCCGUUGGAGUCUGUGUGUAUCUGCGAAAUGGGGGCGAAGAAACUCAACCCCAACGGGGAUCGAGACGGGAUGAAUGCUCGUCUGGGAGAGAAGUACCUGGUGGUUGCGGAGAGGAGGCUCGAUUUUGGAUAG